AACACAAAAAACAAAGGAAAAGAGAGAGAAACUCUCACAGAAAACACUAGAAACGAACAACAAAGGAACCAAAAUGUCAGCCAAGCUUCAACUACAGGUAUAGAAACCACCAACGAAAAGAAAACCAAUCAGAAACAAUCAACUUGGAGCAAUGAAGUGCAAGAAACGAUCACACAAGAUACUCAACUGAACAAUAGCAAUCAGA